AGCUUUCGCCAGUCGUGGAUUGUCAAGAAGUGAGUCCCGAUAUCCUGCUCAUAAAUUAGAGUUUCUGGCACUCAAGUGGUCUGUUACUGACUACUUAUAUGGUAGCCAGUUUACUGUUGUCACCGACAGUAAUCCCUUAACGUACAUACUCACCUCUGCCAAGUUAGACGCCACAAGUUAUAGGUGGCUAGCAUCUUUGUCUAACUAUUCUUUCAAACUUCAGUACCGAGCAGGCAAGCAAAAUCUAGACGCAGAUGGUCUGUCUAGACGCCCUCAUGGUGAACUCAUAAAUGAUGUCCAGUCAAAGAAAGAGCAGGAGCGUGUAAAUCGCUUCAUUGAGUGUCACUUAGUUGACACUGACGCCACAGAGCUUGUUGAUCGCGAUGUUGUUCAAGCCAUUUGUCAAAGCCAUCUUGUUAAGAACCCAGAUGACAAUAAUGACUAUGGCAUUACACUUGUAGAGUCACUUACAAUCUCAGGUGAUGCAAUUCCAGACAUCUUUGGUAAAGAAGGUGAGCAUGGCUUACCAACAGUUCCGGCUUUGUCUAAAGCAGAGCUAAAGGACAAACAAAGAACAGACACAACAAUCAGAGAAGUGAUUGUCCUGCUAGAAACCGGUCAAACUCCUCCACCAGCCAUCAGAAAAGAACUCACAGAUCUCCCUCUCUUUUUAAGAGAGCUGAAUCGGUUGGUGUUACAUGAUGAGGUGUUAUACCGGAAAAGACAUGAUGGGAAUCAGGUGACUUUUCAGCUUGUUCUACCUGAGGAGCUCAGAUGUUCUGUGCUCCACCAUUUGCACAAUGAUAUGGGCCAUCUGGGAAUAGACAGAACUCUUGACUUAGUCAGGACUAGAUUCUAUUGGCCUCGGAUGUCUACAGAUGUAGAACAAAAAGUAAAAACAUGUGAUCGCUGUACUAGACGGAAGUGUCUUCCUAAAAAAGCAGCUAGCCUAGUCAACAUAACAACCUCAAGACCACUAGAGCUAGUCUGUAUGGACUUUCUCAGUCUGGAACCAGACAGCAGAAAUACCAGAGACAUACUUGUAAUGACUGAUCAUUUUACAAAGUUUGCAAUCGCCCUGCCAACUCCAAACCAGAAAGCAAAAACGGUAGCCAAGUGUCUAUGGGACCAUUUUAUCGUCCACUAUGGCAUACCAGAACGCCUUCAUAGCGAUCAAGGUCCCGACUUUGAAUCAAAGUUGAUAAAGGAGUUAUGUGAGAUUUCAGGAAUCAGGAAAACAAGAACAACCCCUUACCACCCACGGGGUAAUCCUGUCGAAAGAUUCAAUAGGACCUUGCUCAGUAUGUUAGGAACACUUGACAACGAACAGAAAUAUCACUGGAAAGACUAUGUUAUGCCCUUAGUGCAUGCAUAUAACUGCACGCGCAGUGAUGUAACAGGGUUCACACCCUAUGAACUAAUGUUUGGUAGAAAGCCCAGACUACCAGUCGAUCUUGCCUAUGGACUUCCUUUGAACAAAGAUCAGAAAGUGUCCCAUUCCCAAUAUGUGCAAAAUCUCAAAUCUCGGCUAGAGGAAAGCUAUAAGCUAGCAUCAAGAAAGGCACAAAAGGUUGCAGACAAGAACAAGGCCAGAUUUGAUCACAGAGUCACAGUUUCUAACCUUGAACCCGGAGAUAGGGUUUUGGUUCGGAACGUACGACUACGUGGCAAGAAUAAACUUGCAGAUAAAUGGGAGGCAGAUAUACAUGUUGUGGUCAGACGUGCAGGAGACCUACCAGUUUAUGUUGUGAAACCAGAGUCAAAAGAAGGUCCCUCUCGCACACUACACAGAGAUCUCUUGCUCCCAUGUGGUUUCCUUCCUGUAGCAAUUGAGGAGACACGUGAGCCCAAAUCUAUUCGUCGACCUCGGACUCGUCAAACUGCCAAUACAGAGGAUACUGAACUCGAGGAAUCUAAUGAAACCGACCAUGAGUUUUUCAUCCCAUGGGUUGAGGAAUCCCCAUGUCAAAGGAUCACUCGAUUUACCACAGUACAUGAGUAUUCCAAACCGUCACCGAACAUGGACAUCUUACCUGAACCUUCUGCUGGACAGGGUGGAUCAGAGGAAAAUAUUGAACCUGAAGAACUUGAAGAGCACUCGCUUUCAGACAACUUACCAGAUGAAGAAGAUCCUGGAACUGAGUGUGGCAAUCUGCCAAGCCCUAAUGAAUCUGUGGAUGAGGAACCAGGUACCUUACCUGAUAAAUCUCCUGAGGAGGCAGGAAAGGAACUAAGAGACCAUCCCAAAAACUUACCUGAAGGAUUACAAAGUGAUGAUCCUAUUACAACUCAACCUUUGAGGAGGUCAGAGCGAAACAGACAACCUCCCAGAAGACUUGACUAUCAGGAUUUGGGAAAUCCUCUAGUGACUGUUGUGAAAUCUUUGUUUCAGGGAUUGAGUACAGCUUUUACAAACUCCCUGAAUGACAGAAAUGGACACUAUGGAAUAUACAUGCAACGAGACGUGCAUGAUAUUCAACAGGGGAGGGCGUAACCCGGUAGAGAAAAGUGCUCUAUUUCUCUUCUUUUAUUUGUUUUAUGUAUACAUUUUAUUUUGAAAAACAUUUUAUUUUGAAAAGAGGAAGUGUUGAUCCUCUCUCUUUGAGUUUACAUCCUGUUUGACGGUCGUUGCUAAUGAUCGUGCUGCGUGAGCGAGGUUUUCACCCACACGUUGCUGACCGAGCAUCGUAGAAACUUUCCAGUCUCUGAGCACGAGGCAGAGAGGCUGCAUGACGAUUCCUCUGUUGUGUUCUACUUAUACACCAUCUUGGCUAGGUUUCUAAUGCUGAUUUAGAGACCAUCUGGUUGGACUGAAUGGAUUUCUCCUUGAUUGGAGAUGGCGAGCCUGAGCCCGGAACUGGAUUCCUGAACGGAGAACCACGUUUGUUUCUUCAGCACUGACUCAUCUUGUGGUAACUACUCACCACAAGAUCUGGAACACUAUUUGACUGAAAAGAAAAAAAAACUGAAUGGUACCAGACGACUAAAACAAAGACAGACUCUGACUAAACAAACUAUGGGUACUAAUGGGAACAUGAACCAACCUGAUGUGGACUUUUGAAUACCAGUUUGUGAAGUUGAAUUCUUGUUUAUGCUUUUGUUCCAUGUUUAAAAUAUACUAAUUGUCUAACUCAUUUCCUGGCUCCAGCUAUUUCCUUGCGUAUCACUCCUAGCUUACAAUACCUCAUCCGAACCUAG